CUGGGGAGAGGAGGGGGGAAGGCAAGGCGAGGGUAAUCGCGAGCUCGGCUGCUCGACUGUCACACGGCUCCGUGCUCCUUCUUCAUUUCCGUAGCGUGGGGGGAAGAGAUAAAAAGGAGAGCGCGCGCCUGUCAUCCCUUCUGUCGGGAGAAAUAAAAAAUACGACUCACGACUCGUGUAUUAAACAUCCAGUCGCGCUGGGUUUGGGAAUGACGACACCCUAAACGUCGACGCUUUCAUGGGUCUGCGGGGAGAAAACGGAGCGAGCGGUGACGGAAAAAUCCAGAAAUAAUGCUUGUUCCAACGCCAGCUGAGGCUUGACAUCCCCCCGUUCUUCAUUCUCGUCGAGUUUAUUCGAAGGGUUGGUCCCCAGAAUCCUCUCUGAAAUAUGAAAAAAUUGGUAUGAACUUUUAUGCCCACAAUACCCGAAGGAGGCUGAAAUAAAUAAGAGGUGAUGGAGCACCCGUACAAGGACUCGGUCCCUGUAGACAUGGCAAAUCCUCAGGAAGUCUGCAACAGCACAGUGGGUGGAGUCGACAGCAUCGGCAAGCUCGAGAACGAGACCAGUCCAGUAAUCCCCAAUGAGACAUGGAAUGUCAGCUCUCCUGCCAUCUCAAAGAGGUCUGUCUCUCCACUGUUGACGAUUCAGGCAGCUCCUGUUGUUGCCCCCAGUACAGAAUCUUCUGGAGGGGUUGCUCUUAAAGUGGCAACCACAGUUCUUCAACCCAUCUGCUUGGGUGAGAGUCCAGUUGUGCUACCCAUCUUAGCAGGCACAGCAGCUGCUCAAGUUGGGCAGGCUGGUACUACGCCAUACCUGAUGACCAGCCAAGGUCCCCUGUCCCUACCCCUGGUUUUAGAGCAGCAGGUGCUGCAGCACUUGAACCCACAGCUCCUCCAGCAGGCUGCCACUUGCCCAGCACUCUCGUUACAGAACAACAUGUUGUGCCAGAACCCUUCAGUUGCUCUUGGGCCUCCCCCUUCUCUGGACCAGAAAGGUAUUGGUCAGGUCCUGGAUGCAAGUCUGCUUACCCUACUCCAGAACCCAAAUUUUGCUGCCAUCUUGCAGGAUCUUUUUCCUGGCCAAGGUAAUACCUCUCCUUCUUGUCAUCCAGCGACUUCCCCACAGGCAGACCCUUUCUCGUCUGCUUUUCUCCCCCCUCCACCACUUACACACCCAUAUAGCUCUCCACUUGCCCCAUUAGUGCCUCCAGCCACUUUGCUUGUCCCUUAUCCAGUUGUCAUUCCCCUGCCAGUUCCACUUCCAAUUCCAAUUCCUAUUCCAGUCCCAGUCUCAACUUGUAAGGACACAAAGGUUGACAGCAUACCCUCUAAACCUGCAUGCACUUCAAGCAAGAGCACUCAGACUUCCACUCAUGAUUUCUGCCCUUCUCUGAUGAUGCCUACCAAGGACAUGGCAGUCCAACAACCAACUCUUCAGUCUAGUUCCUCCACUGUGGUGACAGAUGGGGAGGUGCUAGACUUGUCCGUCAAGGCCCCUCAAUCUCAACCACCUCAGAGUGGCAGUUCACAGGAGAUCCAGACUUUUCAGCAAGACAGUGUACUUGAUCUAUCUGUAUCCAGUGAUAGGAAGACAUGUAUCCAGUCCUGUAGUGUCUACGGACUACCACCACCUGAAAGAGAGAAAGCCUGCAUCUCUGGAGAGGAGGUCUGUAAUGGAGCUUUGGCACUGGGGGUCUUGCGACCAGUAGACUGCACUCCCAAAUUGGACUCCAAACUCCUCAGUGGUUUAGCGUCAUUGGAGUUUAGUCGGCAACACAAGUGGGUGGUGGACAGUGGCAGCAGCAGUUCAGUCACCAGUUCAGUACAUGAUGCUGCCCUUGGAAGUAGUGGCAACAUUGAAAUCGUUAGUACUUCACAGACAGCCAAGGUCAUUGUGUCUGUGAAGGAUGCCAUGCCUGCAAUCUUUUGUGGUAAACUCAAAGGUCUGUCAGGCGUCUCCACAAAGAAUUUCUCUAUCAAGUGUGAUGCCAGUCAAGGGGGUUAUGCUGCCCUGCCUAGAUCCCAGGGAGAGCAGCGGGGAGACCCAAGUGACACACUUAAAAAAAUUCCCAAAAACCGAGCGAUUAAACUGAAGAAGGUCAGCUCACAGGAGAUCCACAUUCUACCCUUAAAGAAGCAGCGUCUGGCUGCCUUUCUGCCCAGGAAAUAGCAAAGACUCUGGUUGAUGUUGAUGGUCUGAACUAGUGGGAUGGCCUGUAGGAUGGAGACAUAACUAAUGAAAUACUGUCCAUACAAAAGCUUAAAGGAAGGAAGAAGGACAUAGAGAUAGAGAAAGUGGGAGAGAGGGAGAGCAAGGAAGGAAUUAGGGUUUGUUGAUGCUAAAGGCAUUUCUGGCAGGAACAAAACUUAGACACUCUCUAAACUGACCAGAAAUAUUUAGGGCAAUGCCGGCUGCCUCUGGUUGGCCCGGUCGGCAUUUGAUCCGUUCAUUAUAAAGCGAUCAGAGAGAUUGUUGAAGUGGCUGAGGCCACAAGAAAUCGAAUAUACAAGGAGCUGAAAAUGACAGACUGCAACACUACUGAACAAAUCACUCGCAUUUCUACAUUUAAUUUCCCCCAAAACUGUUCCUCUGCUAUGCAUUUUGAUUUCGGUCACACAUCCCCAUGAAUUAUUCAUGCCUUCUCUAAUCUAAAUGUCCAUUAAUAUGCAUAAGCUUAGUUCAGAGAUCGUGCCAGCUGCCAAAAUGAAAUCAGUCCUGUAUCUGUCCUACAAACACAAUGUGACGAAUUCAGCUUCGUCUCUGUCGUUCAGCUGUAAAUUCUUGUGCAGGACUCUCUGUGGGUUUCGUUUCCAAAAUGAACUUUGUGUGAACAGAUUUUUCUAUUCACUCGGGGUAGUGUGUGACCUCUGUGCUUUGCCCCGUUAACCGGUAAUCGCUGUAUUAAUCAGUGAAUCAUCUAAGCGGAACAUCCGCUUUCAACGGGGGGUAGGGCUAGUGGUUAGCACAGCGGGCUAAUAACGAGUUGCCAAAGCAAAAGGUCUCUGUUUCAUUAACUUUGAUGAUCGGCAGAAACGGUUGUCAGUGGCAACAAAGCACAGUUUUCCUUGUUGCUUUCUGGUGGGGUGGAAGGGGGUGAGCAGGAAAGGAGAAAUACACACUGCCCACCAAUCUCAAUUAGAACAAAAUAAUCACCGGGGGCUUGCUUAUAACACAGUAAAUGCAAUUUAAAGGGAUUAUUAAUGAUCUUUGCGUGGGCUUUGAUUUUUUUUUUCUUUUCUAGAGAUUUUAUGAGCCCCCUGAACUGCAGAACUGCGUUCAUCAUUUCAGGCUUAACUGGUAUUAUCUACUCGUGUUUGUUAUUGCAACAUGUCUGCUUCUAAAAUUGGGUGGGGUGCUUAUUACUGCACCACUGGCUUUUAGUUUUGUUAUACUAAACCCCUAUGAAAAUGACAACCGAUAAAUCAAGUUGUUUGUGUUUCAUAUUGUGCUACCCCCCACUCCCUGCACAAGCUUUCUGCAUCCGGCAUUGUCUCUGUGUGUGUGUGUAACAAAAUUAUGCUACUCUCCCAGAGUUUAGGAGACUUUUUGUCCCCUUUCUUUCUUUUAUCAACAUCAGUUUGCACUUUAUUUUCCUAUUAUUGGUUAUUUUGAUCCUGUUACUAGUUACCUUUUUCUAGUCUACCCAAUUUUAGAGCAUUAAAUUAGGCGUGUACCGAAAUGACUAAACGAACACGUUUAGUGUUCAGAAUAUCCGUAUUCUGAAUUUUUUUUUUUUUUUUUAAAUCACACCACCAUAGAAUAAACCUCCCACAGAUAGAAAUGUCAGGACUGUCAGCAUGGUGUGUAAAUUCUGACUCUAACAGGAUAACAACCUGAGCUCUGUUUCUGAACUGGUCCGAACAGGUCGAUUCAUCACACAGUGCCACAUGGUCAUGGUAACAAAUGUGUACUUUCUGGCAAUCUUUAAAACAAACAAAAAAAGACUGUGUUUGUAUCUGUUUCUGUUGAAAUGAUGUAUUUAUAUUUACAUCACAUAUGCAAAUACAGUAAGUGCAGUAAAACCGUACCUGUUCUACGGUUAUCUGUAGUUUUAUAGGAACGUGUGUGAUGAUGAUGAUGAUGAUGAUGAGGGCUUUGCUGCUCUGAAAUUGACUGUUUAUUUCCCCGGUGCGGCUACAUUCACCUCGUGUGUUUGUCCCAGUGCACAUUUUAGUGUUUUCUGCUCUAACACAACAUUUACCUCCCAAACUGUCUAAAGGAGCAGAAACGGGGAAUCUCCGCCUUAACGUAAGCAUGUUUGAGACAUUAUUGAUGUUCAUACAAUUCUGAAAAAAUUAAGGAUAUCAGAAUGAAGCAGUCACAAAGGAGAUGAAGGAAACAUCAUCCCCCUGACCCGCCCCACCCCGCCCCUACAC